AUGAGGAUUUUCAUCUCUUUUGAGGGAUCUUUUGAACCUUUUGAUGUUUUGGCAGAGGACACAGUAAGAGCUGUGAAGCUGAUGAUAAAGGAUUACUUCCAUAUUCCACUAUCUGAGGAUAAACAAGGCAAGAGAUAUCUACAACUGAUGUAUGCUGGAGCUGUGCUAAAUGAUAACUGGAGUCUUGCUGAUGUAGGAAUAUCACUUGGUUCAAAUCUCAAGUGCAUGGUCAAGAAAGAAAACAAACCAACCCUUUACAUCUACAAUGCAGUAACUCAAGAAACAAUGCCAAUAAUGGGGAGCAUUUACCUUCUUGGUAAAAAAGUGUCCUACCUGAAAACACUGAUAACCUUGAGAUGUGGCUUUCCAGUGAGUGUCUUCUGUCUUCGGACUCCUCAAGGAAAGGAGAUGUAUGACUGUAAUACACUGAUUGAUUACCAAACAGAUAUAGGAACAACACUUCGCUUAGAUGUAUGGGAUGGAUGGAAAGAAUUUCUGACUGGUUGUCUCCAAGGACAAAAGCUUAAAGUUCAACGGUAUCUAUCAGAAGAGGAACCAGUACUCAAGUAUCAGAAGAGGGUAGCACUUUAUAUGGCUGCAUUUUAUGGAUAUAUUGAGCUCACAGAGUGGACCCUACAGCAAGGAGCAAGACCCAAUGAAGCAGUUGGCAUACAUCCCUACCGAGAAUGGUGUCAUGAAACUUAUCAUCCGGAUACUAUUAAAUGUCCCAUUCAUGCAGCUGCAGAAACAGGCCAACUAUUGAUACUUAAGACCUUUAUCAACUACAAUGUCUUGUGCCUGGAUUGUAAGAAUACAGUGGGACAAAUCCCACUGACAAUUGCUCUCAAACACAGGCAUAAAGACUGUGUGUUAUAUUUGGUGGCUAAGAUGUGGUCCAUGGUUUCUUAUCCUAAAAUUUCAAUCUCCAUGAGGAUCUAUAUUAAAAUAAAACAAUGGCUUCUAAGAGCUCAGCAUCACAUCCUUCAGAGAAGAUGCCACAAUGGGACUCAAGUGUUCAGAACACGUGUUGGAGAUUUUGUCAUGGUGGAUGGCUUCACCCAACCAAAAAUGACCUCCAAAGAAUGGAGUAAAGCUGGGAAUAAGGGCAUAAAAAGUAAAGUUUCCAAAUUGCCAAGUUUCCAUGAAAAAACCCAAAGCAGGAAAACUUCAGAUGCUUUGACAGUUCCACAGCAGCAGAAAAGUGUAGGACGCAUAAAAUUGCCUCCAAUAAAGGAAGCAAAUAAGUUUUCAAAAUUACAAGAAUGUCACUCAAGCAACCAGAAAAAAAAGAUGGCUACAUCUAGGAAGAAGGAAAUGAUGACAAUGAAUCUGUACUCAGCCCAAGUUCCUCUUCCUUCACUUGCUACUAGGGGCUAUUCACAUCCUCCUUUUUACUAUGUGACACCUAAGGCGGCCCACUUCCUAACUUCAUCCCUUGAAUCUUUCUUAGAAUACAGUGGGAAGACUGCGAGAGAGAAUGCAAUUUACUGCUUAGCUACUGCCAGUGCAUUUAAAGAAAAGCGAUGGCUUCAGCAGUUAGAAAUCGCAAAGACCAUGGCAAAGAAGAGCAUUUAUAAUCUAACUCCUGAAGGCCUGACUUCAAAAUGA